AUUCUUAUUUUCCCAUCUUAUCCUAAUGAGACAAUAACUUGCUUGUCUCUGCCCUGCUCUACUCUGCCUUGCUCUGCCCUACCAAAUCAUAUUGUUUAUAAUCCUACCUGGCUAGAUACAUUACACACACACACACGCACACACAGACGAAGAACACAAGCCAAAUUCUAACAAUAAUAACCCCAAAUCACAUUUUACCAUUUACGCUUCCAAUCAAUCCAAUCCAAUCCCAUCCCAUCUGUUCAUCCUGGUGUUCCUACAUAGGUUAGAUUACAUAUACAUUUACACACAUAUACAUAGGUACACACAUACAUACUAUAUACAUAGCCUUAUUGAAACAUUUACGACAACACAACAAACACACCACUCAUCACGACCUCAACGACCUCACGACCCCUCUUUAUCAUUCCCGCAAAACCAAGGAGAAGAAGAAAAAAAAAGCAAAAUCAAAAAGACUUUCUUAUUGGAUUCGAUACAGCCAUCAUUGAGGAAAUCUUCUUUGAAUGGAUGAUAUGAUCUUUCUUAACCCAAUCCAUCAUUUGGCUCGUUAAAUUCCAUCUCUCUAACCAUCCACCCAUCCAUCCAUCCAUCCAUCCAUCCAUAAGAUUACUCCGUCAUUAAAGUUUUGCUGGCAAAGAAAAGUUGGGUUCGGGUACCUCCCCAUUCGCUACUUAGUACAGUCCCCUCUAAAAUAACGCACUACCUUCUCACUCGUCGUACCUACCCAAAGCUACCCUCUUUAACUUUUCGUUACGUUGUACUCGUACGGCUUCCCCCCAAAAUCAAGAAGUAAGUGACAAUGGACGACAAAUCAUACACUCAGAAACCUGCAGAGAUGCGAGAAACUCCUUCACCAUCACCAUUAGAUUCAAACAUUCCAUCACCAACCUCAGAUUCAAAACCCUUCGCUUCAUCUAGAAGGAACUACGAUACAUCAACUAAACCUACUGUUAAGAGAUUACAAACAAACCGAGCAUCGUCUGCAACCAAUAGUCCAAUAGGAUCACGCGAAUCGUCACCAGUCCGACCUCAACUAAGAAAUCCCUCUGCCGUUCGCUCAGGUACCCCUUCGAGAUCACGGAAGAAUAGCCAAGACAUUAGUCCUUCACGCUCCACGAGUAGUCAACACCCACCAUCUGCUGCUGCCAUCCAACGAGGGUUGUCAGCUCAAAAGCUUCCUACUUUGAAUCACGUUGCAUCCGAACCUUUGAUUAGAGCACCAAUACCUCAGAAGCCGCUAGUAACGAGUGAAAUCAGAGAUGGUCCACGCUGGCCUGUAUCCCCGAGAAUAAGAUCACCUCCUCCCAGACAAAGUAGCCUGCUCUCGCCUCGAAAGACGGAACAAGAAAUUCCCGCGAUCAAUGUGCAAAGAACCUCUCCCACUGCAGAGCAAAGAGCGGAAGGAAAAUCUGCGGCCGAUAGCGAAUCAGAAGAGAACCUGUUAACACCAGGGAUGCGAACACCUGCGAGAGGUGUCAGUGGUGGUAGUUCAACGUUAGAAACCGUCCAGGAGAUCAGCCAACCCAACACCCCAUCUUUCGAACUCGAUGGCGCAAUCGACACGACCACUCAGGGAAGUCCAACUUUACCAACAGAACAGGACCUAAUGGAUGGCGCAUCGGUUGAGACGUUGAAGAAGCCGACGAUUGUGACAAAUGAGAGUGGGAGUGAGAGUGGUGGGAAGGGGGAUCACAAGAUGAAGAAUACUACCCCCACGGCAACUCGAACUGGACCACCUAAAUCGUUUAGUGGACCAGCCGCAGCGCGAGGCAAACCAUCUGGGGAAGGCUCUGCGAAAAACAUGACAGUUGAGACGGAGACUGUGAGCUCGAUCCCACAAAUUGCUCUGGCUACGGGUGCGGGAGGAUUGGCUAAUGGAAGUUUACGGGCCAAGCAAAGUACUGAGACCAUUCGACCUAGGAAGGAAAAGAAGAAGAGUCGAAAGGCCCCAUCGGUAACUUCUGGAACGGCUUCUUCCAAGGCAGAUAUCUUCGAAGCUAAAGUCGCGAGCGCGGUCGACGAAGCGAAUUCCUCCGAUUCCGAAGAGACCUUUGUGUACGAAUCGAAUCCACCAGAACAAGAGAGACCUCGUCGAUUUCAUUCCCGAACUCCUAGUGCUACAUCCAUGGCCAGUCAGAUAGAUGCAAGAAACGGAUUACGCUCAAUGAUGGAUAGUAGCAAUCACAGUGUGGCGAUGAAGAAGAGUAUGAAAUUCGCAAACUCUUACAAUAGCGCCGGUCAAGAGAUGUCAACAGAAGACGACGGAAAGGGCACAGCACGAAGUAAUUUAGGCCGAGGGACGGCACAUCAUCACUUUAGUCGUUGGGGAAGAAAUGGGGGAAACGGCCAUGCAUCUCUCUUCGAUAACGAAUCACCCUUUCCCAAUGCUGCGAAAUCCAAAUUUGCCGCAAACCCUACUCGACAAGGUUCAAGACCUACGAGUCCGAGAGUGGUAAACACGGCGAGAAUGUCCAUGGGAGGCAACGUGAACGGCAGGAAGACCUCGCCAAUCAGCUCAGGAUACGAUCUUGAUGAUGCUGCGGACGAUGAAAGAACACCACUGAUUCCAUCUACCAUUCGUUCAACUCGAUCAAGUCGCAUACGCCGUGGAAAUGCCCCAUCAUCCAGACACAUGGAACAUCAAAGGAAUAACCGCUCAUUCAUCGCUCGGUUUGCUGGAUGCAUGUUUGUUUCUCUACUGCUUCUCCUCGUCGCGGCAGGUCUUGUGGCAUUCUUAUUUGCGACAACCCAACCACUAGCAAAUGUGAAAGUAUUGGCUUUGAGAAAUAUCUUGGCUAGCGAACAAGAUGUCAUUAUAGAUUUACAGGUCACGGCUCAAAAUCCCAACCUGGUUGCUGUCACUAUCGAUUCCAUGGAUAUGGUUAUUUUUGCGAAGUCCAAAUAUGCAGGUACAGAUUCUGAGUGGUGGGCACAGCCGCCAACCAAAUUUUCGUGGAGGCGUGGAUUCAAACAUAGACGAGAUGAUCCAAUCAAUGAUCCGCCGAUGGAUGAUGAUCCAAACACCAAUCCGAAUUUGGAAAUUGGACAUAUUUACAAUUUCGAGAGUCCCUUGAUCUUUGAAGGGUCGCCAUUCAAACCUACAUCAUCUGUAUCAAUAGGUGAGAUGCGAAUACUAAAACCUGGAAAUCAGACGGAGCCACGUGGAUCAGAGCGCUGGGGGCGAGUUCUUCAACAUGAGUUCGACCUGAUCGUCCGAGGCACACUCAAAUAUACCCUUCCGCUCAGCUCAAAAGCUAGGAGUAUUGGAGUUGAGGGUCGAGCAACAGUCAAGCCAAAUGCUGCUGAUCAAGAUCCUGACAAUGUUCAUGUCAUCGACGGGACUCAUCACUUAUUCGAUUAGAGGAGUGUGUGACUCCAAAUAACAGCACGGGUGGGUGCAUCAACCACCAAAUUUUUCUUUUCUUUAUCAUACUUUGCUUGCAAUUCUGUAAAUUGAGCGGUAUCAUCAGUCAGAUUAUCAAAACUCCAGCGAAGGCGCUUUUCACGGGGGCUUAAAUGGCAGGCACAGGCGAUCAAUAAUUUGCUUUCUUCGCGUUACGCACAUAGGAUGGACUUUUUCUUCUUCUAUUUCUUCCGUUGGAUUAUAUGAAACAAAAUCACCUGAACUUAGCGCUUUGAAAUUCUUUCGGGAUCAUGAACAUUCCCGAUAUACUGCGACUAAAAAGUAUUAAUCAACGAGUUUCCUUUGUCGAGCAGAAUACGACAAGCUCUCCUGUUCACCACAGAUGAGAAGAUAUAGUAACUGGCGAAAAUAUCACAUCGUCAAUUUUUUUCUUAUCUUUCACUAUUUUAUAGGGGCAUUGGGUGGAUGGGUUGGGUUUGGUUGGGUGCUUUUUUUUUGGAGGUGGGUGGGGGUUGGGGGUGGUUUGCAUUUGUCUUUUUUCUUCUUUUUUGAUUGGGAUGGGCGAAAAUGAAAUGAUCAUAGAUUUCUGUUUGUUCAGUCUUUGUGACAUGAAAUUCAUAUAGAUGGGAUAGGGCCUGGCUUUGGUUUUUGUUUUUGGCUGGGCCUUUCUUGCAGAAGAAAUGGAUGGGAUGGAAGAAUUAACGGCUUUUAUGAUUGUGAUUGUGAUGGGAUGAAUGGAUGGAUGGAUGGAUAGUGUAGGAUGGAGAGGAGAAGUUGGAUGAGGGAUAGGGGAAGGAAGAUGGAGGAAUUUGUACGAAUGAUUUGUGUAGCUAUGGUAUGGUAAUUGAUCGAUCGAUUGAUAGAUGGGGAGUGGGAAGUUGGGAAGGGGGAGCAGCGGAUUUGGAGGAGGAGGGAUGGAAAGAAAUGGGAUGGAAUGGAAUAUGGGGAGCGAGGGAGAAGUAUGUGGGUGUACUGUAAAGUACAUAGCGAGUGA